AUGGAAGAGGAUACAGAUUUUAGAAUAAGGUUUAGUUCUUUGUGUUUCAUUACUGAUCACGUUGGAUUUCAUGGCACCAUAAAAAGCUCACCAAGUGACUUUGUUGUGAUUGAGAUUGAUGAACGGGGACAGUUAGUUAAUAAGGCCACUGAUGAACCUACUUACAAGAUGAGCAAAGUACUGCCUGAGCCAAAUAAUUUUGCCAAAAAAACAAAACUAGGUUUUCAAAAUUUAGUCUUUGAAGAGGAAAGCAACCAGAAAGCCAAUGUAUUGGUCCAGUGCUCCGAUGAUGAACAGAAUCGUCAGUCUGGUUCAGAAAAGGAAGAUACUAGCAAUGAUGGAACUUCCAAAGGCGAAGAAGAAAAAGCUUAUGCAUUAGGCUCUUUGUUGGAUGAAAAAACUAAUGAACUAUUGAAUCAGUUUGCCUGUGGUAUAAAAGAGAAAUGGAAUUCUAAAAGUGAGCUACCUGGACCGUCUCCUGAAUUCUCACUGGGCAGAAUCCUUGACAAAAACCAGAGGGCUAUUCUGCAUAGUGCUAUUCGGCAGAAGUUUCCUUUUUUAAUAACUGUAGGAAAAAACAGUGAAAUUGUUGUAAAACCAAAUCUUGAGUAUAAAGAACUCUGUCACUUGGUAUCUGAAGAAGAAGCAUUUGACUUUUUUAAAUACUUGGAUGCAAAGAAAGAAAAUUCCAAAUUUACCUUUAAACCUGAUACAAACAAAGACCACAGAAAAGCUGUUCACCAUUUUGUCAACAAAAAGUUUGGAAAUCUUGUGGAAACCAAAUCUUUUCCUGAAGCUAAUUACAAUGCUGGUAAUCCAAAUACAGUGAUAACGGUAAGAUUUCGUGAAAAAGCACACAAGUACAGGAAAAGGUCUGUUGAAUGCCAGGAAAGAAAAGUUAUAUACACAGCCUUUACCCUACGAAAAGAAAAUCUAGAAAUGUUUGAAGCAAUUGGUUUUUUAGCUGUCAUACUUGGUGUGAUUCCUUCAGAUUUUAGUUACGCAGGCCUUAAAGACAAGAAAGCCAUCACCUAUCAAGCAAUGGUUGUUAGAAAAGUGACUCCAGAGAGGUUGAAAGAUAUUGAAAAGGAAAUUAAAAAGAAAAGAAUGAAUGUGUUUAAUAUUCGGUCUGUAGAUGAUUCCCUUAGACUUGGUCAGCUCAAAGGAAAUCACUUUGAUAUUGUCAUCAGAAAUUUAAAAAAUCAAAUAAAUGAUUCUGCAAACCUGAGAGAGAGAAUUUUGGAGGCAAUAGAAAAUGUUAAGCAUAAAGGGUUUGUGAAUUAUUAUGGACCACAGAGAUUUGGGAUGGGAAGGAAAGUUCACACAGAUCAAAUUGGAUUGGCUUUGCUGAAGAGUGAAAUGGUGAAGGCUGUAAAAUUAUUUCUUACACCAGAAGAUUUGGAUGAUCCUGUAAAUAGAGCAAAGAAAUAUUUUCUUCAAACUGAGGAUGCUAAAGGCACACUUUCAUUGAUGCCAGAAUUCAAAGUUCGAGAGAGAGCAUUGUUGGAGUCACUGCAUCGCUUUAGCAUGACUGAGGAGGGUUGUAUUCAGGCCUGGUUCUCCUUUCCUCAUUCUAUGCGCAUUUUCUACAUUCAUGCAUAUAGCAGCAAAAUUUGGAAUGAGGCUGUAUCUUACAGACUUGCAACCUAUGGAUCAAGAGUGGUGGAGGGUGAUUUGGUCUGUUUGGAUGAAGAUGGUGAUGAUGAGCAAUUCCCAAAUAAUAAAGUUCACCUAGUAACUGAAGAAGAGGAAUCGGCUAAUGCAUAUGCAAUACAUCAGGUGGUUCUUCCAGUGCUUGGAUACAAUGUUCAGUACCCAAAGAACAAAGUAGGGCUGUGGUACCAGGAAGUACUUAGCAGAGAUGGACUACAGACAUGUAGAUUUAAAGUACCUACUCUGAAACUGAAUGUUCCAGGAUGCUAUAGAAAGAUUUUGAAACAACCCCGUAAUCUCUCAUACCAACUAAUAGAAGAACAUGAUAUUGAUGUCAAAGCAGAAGGUUCCCACAUUGAUGAAGCAACUUUAUCUCUUUUGAUUUCUUUUGAUCUUGACGCUUCAUGUUAUGCUACUGUUUGUCUGAGGGAAAUAAUGAAACAUGACUUUUAAAACCAGUAUCGUUGAUAUACCAUGUAUAUGUCAUUCUUCAAAGGAAAGGGAGCUAAAAUUUCUUUGAGCGUCUGCCAUGUGCUAUGAGUUUUAUAAUUGUUAUCUCCCUUAGUUACACAAUAUCCCAAUAAAGUAGGAAUUUGCUACUAACAUUCCAGAAGGCAUUUAAGCUAGUAAGUGUCAGGGUCUGAAUUUAAGACUCCAAAGCCUGUGUUUCUUAUCUAUUAUAUGACAUUUCAGUGACCUUUAUUGUGUUAUAAAAGUUGCAAUCUUUCUGGACUAUGAAGAGCAUAUAUAAUACUGCAAGAUAACAGUUAAGAAAGAAUGCUUUUAGAGUAAUGUUUAUAUCCUUUAGCUUCUUGCUUAGAAUAUAAAUGAAACCAGAUUGUAAUGAAAGCAUGUAG